UGCGGAAACCCCAUCGAAUCCGUGGACUGGUUGGACUGUUAUGAAUGUAAUCAGUACAUUGAUUUAAACCGUUUAUGUAAACGCCGUAUGGCGUGGUGUUCAUCAGGGGUGACUACGGAGUGACUGGAUUACCGCAGCAGUAUUUUGAUAAGAGGAGAAACGUGUUAUUCACUUGUUUUGUUUUAGCACUUUGUAACAGUUUUGUUGUAGCCUUUAGUGUUUGUGUGUGUGUGUGUGACGGACGCCAUUUUAGGUUGAUUACACUAGCUGCUAGCCACAUUGUUUCAGGCCUUGGUUCCACAUACAUCACUUUGUGUGUUUUUUUUUUCUUCUUGUUUGUUUGUUUUUAUUUAUUUAUUUGGACUGCAUUGAACAAACAUUUCGGAGGAACUUUGAUACGGACACUGGCGUGACAUAUUUGACGGGACUCGACACAUUCACUCAUACGGACAUUGAUUGAUUGAACGAACUCUUUAUUUCUUGAUCAGAUUUGGACGUUACGGACAGCUAACGGCUAAACGCCAUAUGGUCCUGGGACAUUGUGAAACAGCGGGAUACUUUCUCGCCUCUGCUGGGAUUCAGUGGACAAUAAAUAUCUUGCGUCAUUAAGAAUACGUGUUGCACUUGAUCACAAUCUUUUUUAACCAUUUAUAUUUUCAAUUCGCAGUUUUUUUUCACUUCCCUUUUCCGUUAGGCACAAUCCAUAGGGGCUUCAUUGCAUUAAAAAUGGUUAAGCUGAUGAGCAAACAUGGCUAUUAUUCUUUAAUUGUUAGCUGAUAAACAGACAUUUGAGUAAGGUUGAUCGCUGGGCUUUGCCCGUUGUAGUUGAGUUUGUUUGUUUGUGGUGGUAUUUUCCCACAAGGAUUGUGUAAACAUGUCUUGUGUCCAUUACAAGUUUUCUUCUAAACUGAACUACGACACUGUCACCUUCGAUGGCCUUCACAUCACGCUCAGUGAUUUGAAACGUCAAAUCAUGGGGCGAGAGAAGCUGAAGGCCGCGGACUGCGACCUGCAAAUCACCAACGCGCAAACCAAUGAGGAAUACACAGAUGAUGGAGCCCUCAUCCCCAAAAACUCUUCUGUCAUCAUCAGACGAAUACCCAUUGGGGGGGUCAAGUCGACUAGCAAAACAUUUGUCAUUGAUCGAUCUGAACAAUCAAGUGGAUCUUCAAAAGCAGUAUGUAAAAACACCUCAUUUCCUUGUCUCAUUACACACAUUGCUUUGUCUUGAAAUCGUUAAGGGAACUUUUCUCAUGCUCAAUGUUGUCUUUGAAACCUGUUAGAAGAUGACAAAGUAUGUUGAGCUGAAUGUUUAUAUUGUGUGAUUCGCUAAAGUUGUUGCAUUGAUUUUCAUGUUUUUAUGCAAUUUCCUAUGUGUACAGAAGUCUGUGCGCAGGCUAAUACAAUGUUUCGCAUUGAACAAGUCCUCUAAAAAAUUAUGUUGUACAGUGUAGUGUAAGAUCAUACUGAUCUACAGAAUUCUUGAACAUGGAUAGUGUUCAGUUUGUAUGUCCUUAAAGUGACACAUCUGUAAAAAGCUGACUGUUUUUGUUUUUUGUAAUAAAAAUACAUUGUGGUAUUUA